AUGACCAAUUCUCUCAUUACAUCAUCCUGCACUGAUGUUAGAUACCACAUGCAGCUGCCUGUAAUAGCAACAGAACUCCAUAUGUGUGCCAAAACUGACCAGCUGCCUGUAAUAGCAACAGAACUCCAUAUGUGUGCCAAAACUGACCAGCUGCCUGUAAUAGCAACAGAAAAUAUUUCUACCAAAACUGACCAGCAGCCUGUAAUAGCAACAGAACUCCAUAUGUGUGCCAAAACUGACCAGUUGCCUGUAAUAGCAACAGAACUCCAUAUGUGUGCCAAAACUGACCAGCUGCCUGUAUUAGCAGCAGAACUCCAUAUGUGUGCCAAAACUGACCAGCUGCCUGUAAUAGCACCAGAACAUAUGUGGAUGCUUGUUAUCAACCAGUUUUCUUCAAUUCCAAGAUCUGGUAGGAGGUAUGUAGAUUAUUUUCUUGGUCCAGAGUAUUCUAAAAAUCUUCUCAAUUUCUUUCAGUUCAACAGCGCUAAUUUCUGUAUACAAAAUACCACUGAUAUAAUGUCAUGGAUGAGUUUCUACCUGUCAGACACAGGAGACAGUCCCACCUGGCAGGCAUGGGACAUAGUGAGGCAAAGAAAGUCCCACCUGGCAGGCAUAGGACAUAGUGAGACAGCAAGAGUUUCACUUGUCUUCAUGUCUGCACACAGAUCUGUUGCUUGUUUUCUUUCAUAA